UUUUCCUGUCUUCAACCAAAGUCGGGCGCUGGGGAGCGAAAAUUGCCGGCGACUAUUACCCAUCGACAGCCGCCCGCAUCCCCGACGCCGCCAUUAGCGAUUACAUCAGUCUCUCUUGAAACUUCUAGAUUACAUCAACCAAAUGGAAAUCUGCCGCCCGCUCGAGAAAUCGCAGCCGGAGCUUCAAUCGCCGUUGAAUUCCUUUCCUUCCCCACGUCGACUCAAACAUCUGUUCCGCUCCACUCGUCCACGUCCAGGGGCCUGGCAUUGCUCACCACCAUGGAAUUACUCCUGCUACGACUACGAGCACUUGAGCGAACACUUGGGAUUGUGCGAAACCGCAUUGUCGGAAUGGAGGGCGAUCGAGUCACAUUCCUGACGGGGCCCUCCUACAGCGAUUGCCCUCGCACUUCCAUGGUUCCAAAAGGCUACGUCUGGAUUCAGGGACACAAUGCAUAUGCUUCUGCUGAUUCCAGAUUUUUUGGUGCUUUCCCUAUGGUUUGCUUGAUUCAGUGGGGAACAUUUCCAAUGGUGACCAUUCUCUUCCCCUCUUAUACAAUCUUCUCACUUGAUUUCUACUUAUGGAACAAAACUUACUGCUUGGAACUGAGUGUGUGAUUGAACUUAGAGGAAUCCAAUUCAUAUGGCUAAUUAGGUGCAAAUGGGUUUAGCCGUGAGAUGAUGUAUCAAAUGGUUUUAUGGUUUCUACCAAAAAAAAAGUUUUAUGGUAGGCUUUAUUCUGGAAUUCUUUAUUUCUAUCUUACAAUGCUUAAUUGUACAUCUCCCAAGGUCAGUGUGCAAUCCCAAAGGUAAUCGUCCAUUUUCCACCGUCACCGUGGAAGUCUCCGUAAGAAUCUUCUACUUCUGAUUAAGACUGCUUUUUUCUUUUGUUUCGACAACGUAGGACCGUGGACUUUAUUAGCAGUGAUAAACGUGGUCUGAUAUUUAAAUGCAGAUGCAGGAUUGCAAUGUGUAACCACUCGAACCUACAUAGUAAUGAGGAACAAGCAAAGAGAAAAAUAAAUUAAAAAGACAUGCAACCUGAACCAGGUAGGAAGAGCACGCAGCAGGUCAGUGGGAAAAGAGAACAUUAUGGCCAAUUAUAAUUUUGAUGAAGAAAAAUAGUUGGUCUGGUAGGAAGAAUGAAUAAUAUUGUAUUGAGUCUUUUUUUGGGUGUUAUUCUGCAUGCUUUCCUUGCUCUUGAUAUUGCCAUAGUCAUGGAACAGUUAAAUUCCAAAAUAUCUUCUUUUGAUAUCUGCCCAACAAGAACUGCAUUUAUGUUAUCCCUUCAUCAAUAAAACUUCUGUUGAACAACAUGAUCUCAGGUUGGCCUUUUGGAACAUCCAGCAGUUCUUACUAGUUCAAAAUAAAAAUAAAAAAUUCAUUUGGUUAGAUAGAUUUGUGAUGAAGGAGGAAGGGCUCUGGACUAUGUUCUGCAGAGCUUCAUUAUAUUCAAAUGGCUAUGAAAAGGAAUACGGGUCUUGGCGUGUUCACAUAUUCGAUCCAGAUUCGUGUCUCAACCACGUCUUCAUACUUUGCAUAGACCUCCUGCUACUGCUGAUCACCUUUUGCAUCUUCAUCUACAAGAAAUCAGCAGCAAGCUGCAAGUUCACAGUGGAACCACUACCACAAAGCUUCUCCAAACUGAUGAUUUCGUCGGCCAUUUUCAACAGCUUUCUGAGCAUGCUUUAUUUUGGGGUCGGCAUAUGGGGAGUCUCCAACGAUGUUCUACCGUUACAAGGAUGGAUUGUGGUGCUUCUCCAAGGAUCGGCUCUGUUGGUGCUGAAUCUGUAUGUAAGCCUGAAUCAUAAUAGAAAGCAAACCCAUUGGGAAAUUGCAGUGGUGAAGCUGUGUUCAGCUUUGGAUUUCUGUCUCUCUGCCUUCCUAUGUUUUACCUAUCUUUGGCAAGCCAUAAUCGCGGAGAAGAAACUAGUGUCAGUUAAAAUGGUUAUCGACAUCUUGUCUCUUCCAGGGGCAAUUCUACUGCUGUUAUGUGCCUUUCGAGGAAGAAAGAUCAAUGCAGGAAAUUAUCCAAACGCCAACUCUGAACCCUACUACUAUGCACCUUUGCUUGGUGAAGAAGCUAUGGCCUCAGAUGAUGACGGUGAUGACAAGGUAAACCCUUUUGCCAAAGCUGGAUUCUUCAGCAAGCUAUCAUUCUGGUGGUUGAAUCCAUUGAUGAAGAAGGGGAAAGAGAAAGUUCUUGAAGAUGAGGACAUCCCACAUAUGAGGGAGGAAGAUCAGGCCAGAACAUGCUACUUAAUGUACUUGGAGAGAUUAAAUAAGUGGAAAUCUGCCAAAAAAGGAUCACCUGACGAGCCAGCACCUGCAUUAUGGUCAACACUACUCUCUUGCUACAAGAAGGAGAUUCUGCUAUCUGGGUUUUUCGCAUUGCUCAAGCUACUCACUCUAUGCGCCGGCCCUUUUCUCCUCAAAGCUUUCAUUGAUGUUGCUGAGCAUAAAGUAGCUUUUGAAUAUGAGGGCUAUGUACUCACAUUAACACUUCUCUCAGCAAAAUGCAUUGAAUCAUUCUCAGAGAGGCAAUAUCAUUUCCAAACGAGGUUAGUUGGUGUCCGAGUGAGGUCUCUAUUAUCUGCAGCCAUCUACCAGAAGCAACUAGUCCUUUCAAAUGCUGCUAAGCUCACUCAUUCCCCUGGGGAAAUUAUGAGCUACGUCACCAUAGAUGCAUAUAAAAUAGGAGAGUUUGCUUACUGGUUUCAUCAGAUAUGGACCACCGGCCUCCAGCUAUGCCUUGCAUUGCUCAUUAUCUACUUUUCCAUUGGGAUGGCAACUAUAGCAGCUCUGAUCACCAUUAUAGUAACAGUGAUUGGGAGUUCUCCUUUGACUACAUCACAGCUUACUAAUCAAACAAUACUCACACAGCAGCAAGACUGGAGGCUGAAAGCAAUAACUGAGGCACUUGUUAACAUGAAGGUGUUGAAGUUGUAUGCUUGGGAGAAUCAUUUUAUUGAAAUGAUAGAGAAAGUUAGAAAAGAAGAGCUUGUGUCAAUUUCUAAGCUUCUGUUCCGAAGAGGGUGUCUCAUGAUGCUGUUCGGGUCAUCUCCGGUCAUAGUGUCAGUGAUCACAUUCUGGGCAUGCUACUUGCUCAGUAUUCCCCUCAAUGCUAGCAAUGUUUUCACAUUUUUGGCAACAUUAAGAAUCGUUCAGGAACCAGUAAGAAUGUUGCCUGAGGUAGCUACUAUAUUCAUAGAAGCUAAAGUUUCGUUGGAGCGAAUAGGAAAGUUUCUCCAGGCGCCUGAGUUGCAGCACAAUAGAAUUAGGCAGAAGAGCAACAGCGGCUUUCAGGAAGCUGUUGAGGUUCCUAUCUUCAUCCAAUCUACUGAAAUUUCAUGGAGCAGAGAGGCUACUUCAUCUAAGGCUACAUUGAGGAACAUAAACUUGACAGUGAAACCGAGAGAAAAGGUGGCUAUUUGUGGAGAGGUUGGCUCAGGGAAAUCGACACUAUUGGCUGCAGUUCUUGGAGAAGUUCCGUUAAUUAAUGGCACAGUCAGUGUUUAUGGAAGAAUAGCAUAUGUUUCUCAAACGGCAUGGAUUCAAACGGCAACAAUAAGAGAUAACAUAUUGUUUGGGUCUUCUAUGGACCCAUUUAGAUAUUGGGAGGUGGUUGAGAGGUGUUCCCUGGUAAAAGACCUGGAAUUGCUACCAAAUGGGGACUCUACUGAAAUUGGGGAAAGAGGAGUCAACCUUAGUGGAGGCCAGAAGCAAAGGAUCCAACUUGCUAGAGCUUUAUAUCAGAAUGCAGAUGUUUACUUGUUGGAUGAUCCCUUCAGUGCUGUUGAUGCACAUACUGCAACCAGUCUAUUCAAUGAAUAUGUGAUGGGAGCUUUAUCGGAGAAGACGGUUUUACUUGUGACCCAUCAAGUUGACUUCCUUCCAACAUUCAACUUGAUUCUGCUGAUGUCUUCCGGUGAAAUCUUGAAAACCGGCACUUUUGACCAGAUGCUGGAAUCCUGUCAGGAGUUUAAUGAACUGGUCAAUGCUCACAAGAAUACAACUGUAGGGGGAAAAGUACACAUUGGUCCCAUUGGAGAGUCUACAACUGAUGCUUCCACCACAGAGAUAAAGGAGAUUUAUAGGAGAGAUCACAAUUUAGCAGCAGCGGCAGCCUCAGGAGAUCAUCAGUUGAUAAAGAAAGAAGAAAAGGAAACAGGAGACACAGGGUUCAAGCCUUACAUGGAUUAUUUGAGCAAGAAUAAGGGGUUCUUCUUCUGUUUCUUGACUGUCCUGUUCUAUUUCUUGUUCGUGGUUGGCCAAUUGGCCCAGAACUACCUAUUAGCUACAGGCAUUCAGAACCCGGGAGUGAGUAGAGUAACACUGUUCACUCUAUACGGUGUAAUUGGAUGUGCAUUGCCAUUUUUCAUGUUCUUAAGGAUCUUUUCCUUAGUUAGACUUGGUUGUGGCGCAUCGGAAGCGAUCUUUUCCAAGCUCAUAAUAUCCCUAUUCCGAGCACCAAUGUCCUUCUAUGACUCCACUCCUCUAGGAAGAAUUCUUAGCCGGGUUUCUUCUGAUUUGAGCAUCAUAGACCUUGAGGUAGCAUCUAAGUUAGCAGUAUCACUGGGAUCGACUCUGAAUGCAUACACUAGCUUAGCUCUAUUAGCCAUUCUGGCCUGGCCUGUCUUGUUGAUUAUCACACCCAUUCUUUAUCUCAUCAUGAUCUUACAGAGAUACUACUUCAAUACGGCGAAAGAGUUGAUGAGGAUCAAUGGGACGACAAAGUCAAGUUUGUUGAACCAUUUUGCUGAAUCCAUUUCUGGAGCCAUGACUAUCAGAGCCUUCGAGGAGGAAGAAAGAUUCUUCUCCAAGAACCUGGUACUCAUUGACAACAAUGCAACCACUUACUUCCACAACUUCUCAGCGAGCCAGUGGUUGAUCCAACGUCUGGAGAUCCCUUGUGCAAUUGUGCUCUCGACUUCAGCACUUGUGAUGACUUGUCUUCCUCUGGGUGCUUCUACUUCAGGGUUUGUCGGAAUGGCCCUUUCAUAUGGUCUAUCACUAAAUGUGUUCCUCAUAAUAUCAGUUCAGUACCAGUGCUUCAUAGCAGAAUCAAUCAUCUCAGUAGAAAGGCUAGAACAAUAUAUGCAUAUCCCUAGUGAAGCUCCACAAGUGAUUGAGAGUGUAAGGCCUCCAGCCAACUGGCCAAGUCAUGGCCAAGUGGAGAUCUGUAAAUUAAAGGUGAGGUAUCAGAAGAACAGUCCACUUGUUUUACACGGGAUAAGCUGCAGGAUUGAAGGAGGAGAUAAGAUUGGUGUUGUGGGAAGGACUGGGAGUGGCAAGACAACUCUAAUCAGUACCUUGUUUAGGCUGGUGGAGCCCACAGAAGGAAGGAUCAUAAUAGAUGGGAUUGAUAUCUCCACAAUAGGACUCCAUGACCUGAGAUCACACUUAGGAAUCAUCCCACAAGAUCCAACUCUCUUCUGUGGCACUGUGAGGUACAAUCUGGACCCUUUCUCUCAGCAUAUUGACCUAGAAAUAUGGGAGGUUCUGGAGAAAUGCCAGCUGCGGGAAGCCAUUCAACAGAAGGAAGGAGGCUUGGACACAUCAGUUUCAGAAGAUGGAUCAAACUGGAGCAUGGGGCAGAGGCAACUAUUCUGUCUAGGGAGAGCACUGCUGAAGCGAAGCAAGAUUUUGGUGCUGGACGAAGCAACAGCUUCCAUUGACAAUACAACGGAUGCGAUCCUUCAGAGGAUCAUUAGAACAGAAUUUGCAGAGUGCACUGUCAUCACUGUGGCCCAUAGGAUCCCUACUGUCAUGGAUAGUAGCAGGAUUCUUGCCAUCGCAGACGGGAAGUUGGCAGAGUAUGAUGAACCGGGUAAUCUGAUGAAAGAGGAAGGGUCUCUCUUUCGCCAGCUCGUGCACGAGUACUGGUCUCGAUCUACAAACAACUAAUGCAAAAAAAAAAAAAAAAAAAAAAAAAUGAGGAGGGAGUGCUUAACUUAACCAUGAGUUUCUGGUAGGUCUACAAAUCAAGUACUGUAUAAUAGAAAGUCAGAACUCUAAACCAGUUUUUACUAUAUAACUCAAUUCAUGCUAGCUAUUCAUAUAAGCAAAUGUUACAUUGGCCUCUUUCUUUUUCGCUCUAUAUUUACUCUAGAUUUUUAUAUGAAUAUGCACAUAAGACUGUUGUGCUUGUGGCAAAAUGAAUCAAUGAUACUACUUGGGG